AUGGUCCAACGGCGCUCGCCGCGGGAAUGCCUGAGUGAGCCAUACGUCGACGAACUCCCCAUGCGAUGCCAGCAGCUGCGGAAAGGUUUCGGCGAGUGCAAGCGCGGGUUGAUCGAUAUGCGUAAACGGUUCCGCGGAAACCAGCCCAUUUCGGUAUCGAAGACGGAGAGCGCAAACUCUGGCCCAUCCCAGCAACUAUAUGCAGGCAAACCGGCGUUCGAGACGGUCAAGGAGAUCAGUGGUGACGAGGUGCAGAUGGAUCCGGAGAAGACCCGCGGUCUGUGA